AUGGCAUAAAAUUUCACACUUUCUACUUAGCAGAAAUAAAAAUAGGUUGUUUAAAAAAGAAAUGGUAUAGUUGUUGUUUAAUUGGAUGGAACAAAGACUGCCACUUAAUAAAGAUUCUCCUCUAGCUAUUUAUAAAAGUAAGUUAGAGAAGUUGAAACAUUUAUUCACUCCAUAAAUGCUAACGAUGGUGUUGGAAAGGAGAUUGUGAUGCUUGUAAAUACAAUUCUUAAAAGAGAUGGAAAUUUUCUUACAGAAUUCUAAUAGAUUAGAAUUAUAAUAAAGAUAAAUCGACUUCAAAAUAAAUGGGAUUUAAAACAAACAUAACAUGUAAGUGGAAACUAUUAUCCAAUUUGUUCUAUAAUUGGAUCAGUAUACUAAAAAGAUAAAUAAAGGGUACUUGCAGUAAAUGAUAGUUCAUAAGAGAUGAUGGAAGAGGUGUAUCAGAGAGGCUUAAAUAAAUUUGAUGAUAUCAAGCCAUAAUAGGGACUUUAAUAGAAAGUUAGAAAUUAGAUAAUUUUUGAAAAUGAGAAAGAAUCUACAGGAAGACAAAUUUAAAACCACUUAGAUUCAGCAAAUUAAAUUCUUGUUUUGAUGAUAAACUAAAACUUACUUUAAUUACCUGAAAACUUUAUCAAUUUAUUUGAAACUUUAUCCUUGAUUUCAAAUUAUUAUCUUAAUUUAAUGAUAUACCUAAAAUAAUUCCCAGAUUAUUUUACUUUGAGGCUUAAUAAUAUUUAUGAUUACGAAAACGUUCAGUUUAUUAGAUUCUAAAUUAAAAAUCUUAGACGUGUUGGGGUUGCCUGA